CUAAAAUCAUAACAAAUCAUCUUAUUUUAAUACUGAAAUUCUCACCUAACUCUUGUUUGAUUCCUUCCUUUGUUUUAGUUGUCUCCCAAAAUCUUAAUUUUUUUUUAUUUGGUUCUCCUUUAUCGUGUUGUUAGCGGCAAAAAAGGUAUGUUCGGAAAUGGAUUUUCUCUUCAGAGGCCUAAAUGAGGAUUGUUCACCUUCCCAAAUGGACAUUCUCAGAUGUCCAUUUUUGAGAAACAUUAACGAGCCAACUAACUUUUCCUUCUCGUAUGCCAUGCCGGUUCGAGGAGCUAAAGGUCCAAUAUUUGAAGAUAGUUCCAAUUUUGACAUGGCAUUCAGGCUUUUCCACGGACUUGAUGGAGUAGUUCCGCUAUCUGAACGAUCUUCCUUGCGUAUUGAGAAAGCGGAGACCGAAACAGCCCCACCAAAGUUCAAUCCUUUGGCUGCAAAGGCAGCCACCAUUAGUCUCUCAUCCUUCGGACCAGGAGGGCCUUUCAGUUUUGAUGCAUUUUCUAAUAAGUGGAACAAUCAGAAAGGAAAAUCAAAAUCAUCUAAGAAAGAGUCUUCUUCACAGGGAGGAAAUUCGAACCACGAAGCAUUUGGCAAUGAAUGGCUGCAAAACGGUAACUGUCCGAUUGCAAAGUCAUUUAGGGCGGUUAGCGGUGUUUUGCCUCUAGUUGCCAAGGUUUUUCAGCCACCUCCAGGGAUGAAAUACAGUUGCCCACCUGCAGUUGUUGCUGCUCGGGCAGCACUUGCACAAACCGCGUUUGCCAAAAAACUCCGCCCGCAAUCCUUACCCACAAAAGUACUGGUGAUUGGGAUGUUAGGCAUGGCAGCAAACGUUACGUUAGGGAUAUGGCGGGAACACACUGAAAAAUUCUCACUGUCUUGGUUCGUGGCUAUCCAUGCAGCCGUUCCAUUUAUAGCCAUGCUCCGGAAAUCUGUCCUGAUGCCGAAAACAGCUAUGGUUUUUACCAUUGCUGCAUCUGUAUUAGGACAGGUUAUCGGCUCGAGGGCAGAACGACUCCGAUUGAAAGCAGUAGCGGCAAAACAGUUAGGUAUCGAGGAAUCAUCAGUUUCCAUCAGCGGUACAAAUCAUUUAGACGUUGUUUCCGUUAAAAAUGGUGAUGGCAGGAAAGAUGCUGAACAGGAUCCAAUUUCUAUGCUGGUGCCAAUUGCAAGGCCAUCUUCGUUCACUGAAGCUACCGCUAUUUCUGCAUAAUUGUAUAAUUCUUUU